CUUUUUUCGGAUCAGUCACGCCUAAACUCGUUCGAAAAGCGAAACUGAAUUCAUUCCACGACGAUGUAUGAAGACUGAUACUCUUCCCGUGGACCUCUUGUACAAUCGGGAUAAUUUAGUCACAAAAACGGGCUUUAGCACUCGAUAAAGAUAUUUUGUAACGUAGUAUUGUAAUGUGAUUAAGACGGUUUCUAUUGUGUUAUGUGCUGUCGUUGGAAAUAAGUGCAAAAAUAUAGAAUUAAUACUGUGUGAAGUGGUGCAAUUUGUGUUUCCCUGCAGUUGGAUCCUGGAUUCCAAAAGGAUUGUUUUAUAUUCCCUGAGAGAUAAACCUUAAUAAGGUCUCGACGACCAAGCGACAAUCUUGCCACAUUAUGAGAGUGCAUCUUACAUGUUUAUGAUCAACAUAAUAAUAAAGAAAUAAUACACGCAGCCCGGAAAACAAUCUAUUAUGGCUUUUCUAUGUACGGAGCGCACUGGUGCUACUGGUCCGGUGGGCGGGCGACGGCGCGCGCGGUAGAGUGCCGGCCACAUGCCCGCGCGCCAUGUGGCGCGUGCUGCUGGCCCUGGGGGCCGCGUGCGCCGCCGCGCGCGCCUCGCAGGACGUGGUACGCAACUUCACCGACCCGGUGCAAGCACCGACUUCCCUCUUCAAUCACCUGGUCGUCGACCGCAACACAGGUCGUGUCUACGUCGGCGCUGUCAACAGGAUUUACCAGCUCUCUCCCGACCUAGAGGUCGCUCAGUCGAUCGUCACGGGACCAGUCAACGACUCCGCUCUUUGCACCUUCGAUUGCCCCGCAACAUAUGUGAAGAAGCCCACGGACAAUGUGAACAAAGCUCUCGUGAUAGACUACGCUACCAGCCGUCUUAUAUCAUGCGGUUCAGUGAUGCAGGGACUAUGUUCAGUGCGGAAUUUAAAUAACAUUUCUCACGAUGUGCACGAAAUACGCGAACCAGUUGUGGCUAAUAAUGCGACAGCAUCAACAGUGGCGUUCAUUGCGCCGGGACCUCCGAAUCCGCCGAUGACGCAAGUUAUGUAUGUAGGCGUCACGUUCACAGGCAACUCACCCUAUAGAUCUGAAGUUCCUACUGUGAGCAGUCGAUCAUUGGAGGAUGAACGGUUGUUUAUGAUAGCUAGGACGGCAGUUACGACUGGAACUAGAAUGUUUGUAAAUUCGCUAUCUCGUGAGCGUUAUCCUAUUAAUUAUGUUUACGGAUUUAGUUCUGAAGGAUUUAGCUAUUUCCUGACUACUCAGUUGAGAGCUGUGGGAUCUGAUACGUAUUAUAGCAAGUUAGUACGUGUUUGUCAUGAUGAUGAGAACUAUUAUUCAUAUACUGAAAUUCCUAUGUCAUGUACAGGGGAAGGUGGAAAAAAUUAUGGUUAUAACCUAGUCCAGGCUGCUUUUGUAGGAAAACCAGGAUCAGUUCUUGCAGGAGAGCUUGGAAUAACUGCUCAACAUGACGUUUUGUUUGCUGCGUUCAGUCAAAGUGAAACUAUAAACACAAAUACGCCUUCAGAUUUAUCAGCUUUGUGUGUGUAUUCUCUAAAAGCCAUCCGCCGAAAAUUCAUGCAAAAUAUUAAGACUUGCUUUAGUGGUAACGGCUCCCGAGGUCUAGAUUUCAUUUCACCAUCUCAUGCUUGUAUUAGCACAAAAUUGCAGUCUAUAAGCGAAGACUUCUGUGGAUUAGACGUGAAUACCCCUCUCGGCGGUGAACAGCCUGUAGAAGCAGUACCAGUAGCUACAUUUAAAAAGAGGCUGACUGCUGUGGCUGCUACAGCUACUGGAGACUAUACUGUUGUCUUUGCGGGAACAUCUCAAGGACAUUUAAAGAAGAUCGUUGUCGAGAGUGCCACCUCAGCAUUUGAAUAUGGAGAUAUAGUAGUUGAUGAGGGAUCUCCUGUGAAUAAAGACUUAUUCUUUGAUACACAAUUAAUGCAUUUGUAUGUUAUGACUGAACGUAAGGUAUCAAAGGUGAAAGUACAAGAAUGUAGUGUCUAUAAAUCAUGUUUAACAUGUCUUGGAGCCAAAGACCCAUACUGUGGAUGGUGUUCUCUAGAAAAUAAGUGUAGCUUACGAUCGGACUGUCAAGAUGCAGCUAAAGAUCCCUUAUACUGGAUCUCCUACCGUAGUGGUCGUUGCACUACAAUCACCCAAGUGACACCAAAUCAAUUGCAACGAACGACAGCUAGAACGUUAGAUUUACUUAUUGAAAAUUUACCUACUCUUAAUGGACAAUUCUUAUGUGCAUUUACAGCUUUAGAUCGUACGUUAAUAACUAAUGCAACUAGAAAACCUUAUGGGGUUAAUUGUACUACUCCACGAACCGAUACCCUCCCACCAAUACCUGCUGGUCAACAUCAUUUCACAGCUAAAUUGUCGGUACGGACUACACAGGGACCUGAUUUUGUAGCUACAAAUUUUACGUUUUUCGAUUGUAACACAUAUAGCUCUUGCACACAGUGCGUUAGUUCCUCGUUUCCCUGUGACUGGUGCGUUGACGGCCAUCGUUGCACCCAUGAUACUGCUGAAAAUUGUAGGAAUGAUAUUUUAGUUACUGGCGUCAGCAGGAUAGGUCCCAGUUAUCGUUCAGGUCCUGGUUUCUGUCCCACUAUAAACUCCACAUCAGACGGCACGAACGAAAUUUUAGUUCCAUCUGGCGUUAAGAAAGCUAUUAAAGUUAAGGUACAUAUUAUUGGGCAAUUUAUUGUUCAAACAAGAUUCGUUUGUCAAUUCAAUAUUGAGGGUCGUGUUACUCAUGUCAAUGCUCAACUUUUAGCUGAUACUAUUUAUUGCGAAGCUGUUGAAUUUACUUAUACGUCUCGCGCUCCAAAUAUUACUGCGUCAUUCGCUGUCAUAUGGGGAGGGUCAAAGCCUUUAGAUAACCCGGAUAACACUCACAUACUUAUUUAUCGAUGUAAUGAUAUGGCUGAUAAUUGCGGUAUGUGUCUUGCUUUACCCGAAAAGUUUGGAUGUGGUUGGUGUCAAGGGUCGGAUCGCUGUGAAGUUCAGGAGCAGUGCGCUGUCCCAAGUGUUUGGUUAAAUCGUACUCAAACCUGCCCUAAUCCAGAAAUAUAUUCUUUCCAACCAGAGCUAGGCCCUUGGGAUGGGGGUACUAAUAUUACAAUUGAGGGUAUCAACUUAGGUCGCAAUAUUUCCGAUAUCUACAACGGUGUUACUAUAGCGGGAAUUAAAUGUCAACCUAUAAUAGAAUUAUAUGUGAAAACUAGGCGUAUCGUUUGUACUGUAGAUGGUCCCGGUGAGGAGGUACCUCGAGACGGCCCUGUGGUAGUUCGGGUUGCUGAUUAUCGCGGAGAGUCUAAACGUCAUUAUGCGUUUGUAAAUCCAAAAAUUAAUUCUAUUCACCCUAAAUAUGGCCCACAAUCUGGUGGCACAAUAUUGCAUAUCAAAGGCGAAUAUCUCAACGCAGGUAGUAAUAUUCAGGCUUUCAUUGAUGAAUUACCAUGUCCAAUAUUAAACGUAUCAAAUGAAUUGGCAGUCUGUAGAACUAGUCAUUCAUAUCAACUUAAAAUGGGUACAUUACGCAUGCAUUUUGAUACGGGGGUACGCACUUUAGAGCGCGAAAAGUUUGAAUAUAUUGAAGAUCCUGUAGUUGAUUCUGUAGAAUCUGGGCCACCACUUGCAACUCAACGCAAGCAACCUAAAGGCAUUCCAUCAGGUGGCAUAAAAAUUAAAGUUAUUGGUCGAAAUUUCCACUCUAUUCAGUCCCCUCAAAUAUAUGUAUACCAUGACAAUCGACCAUAUAUUGGUCCGUGCAGCAGGGUUGAAUAUCAGUACCAAACCCAACUUAUUUGCGAAUCUCCUGGUAUAGAAAGUGCUGGCCUAAAUCUAGAUCCGGACAAGCCUUUAGAAUUGGAAUAUGGUUUCAACAUGGACGAUGUACAAAGUGUAAAGAACCUUUCCAGUAAGACGGGUAAUGCAUUUUUGCUUUAUCCAGAUCCGAUAUACGAGAAAUUUGAUGAGGACGUUAAAUAUUAUAAGUCUGAAUAUCUAACUAUAAAUGGUCAGAAUUUAGAUAGAGCUGCUACUGAAAGCGACGUGGAAGUCCACAUAGGGGAUAGUUUAUGUAAUGUUACGUCACUCGCGAGACAUCAAUUGACUUGUCGACCACCAUCACGAGACGAGUUACCCGAUGGUGUUGACACACCCGAGGUGGUAGUUAAAGUAGGCCGUGCCGAUCCCUAUAAUAUAGGUAAAUUAUCAUAUUCGUCUCAAGCUGGCCUGCAAUCACCUAUUAGCAAGCCAGUAUUAGUUGGCGUCAUCGCCAGUAUAGUGAUACUCUUAUUAGUAUUUAUCGUAUUUUUAAUUAUGUAUAGGAGAAAAUCUACUGAAAAUAUUAGGGUAUUGAAGAAUAUGCAGGAGCAAAUGGAUAUUCUAGAAUUAAGAGUAGCUGCUGAAUGCAAAGAGGCGUUUGCGGAGCUGCAGACUGAAAUGACCGACUUGACAGGUGACGUGACGGGCGGUAUACCAUUCCUUGAUUAUCGUACGUACGCUAUGAAAAUAUUAUUCCCCAACAUAGACGAUCAUGCCGUCCUACAGUGGGAGCGCCCAGAGCUUAUUAGAAAAGACAAAGGUCUCAGAAUGUUUGGGCAACUUAUUAUGAACAAAACAUUCCUUUUAUUAUUUAUUCGUACUUUAGAAAGCAAUAGAUAUUUUUCAAUGCGCGAUCGUGUUAAUGUAGCUUCUCUUAUUAUGGUUACUUUGCAAAGUAAGAUGGAAUAUUGCACUGAUGUAUUAAAAACUUUGUUAGCAGAGCUAAUAGAAAAAUGUAUGGAAGGAAAGAGCCACCCCAAAUUGCUAUUACGACGAACUGAAAGUGUCGCUGAAAAAAUGUUAAGUGCUUGGUUUACUUUUCUGUUGUAUAAAUUCCUACGCGAAUGCGCUGGUGAACCGCUUUAUCUUUUGUUUAGGUCGAUGAAAGGUCAGGUCGAUAAAGGUCCUGUAGACGCAAUUACUUCAGAAGCUAGGUAUUCUCUUAGCGAAGAAAAACUAAUUAGACAGUCAAUUGACUUUAAAGCCAUGACCGUGAGCGUUUCGAUUUCACAGCAGACUAUUUUCGUUAGUGGCCUGGAGGCUACCACUGAGAACGUUCACGUUAAAGUACUCGACUGUGAUACAAUAAGCCAAGUAAAAGAAAAAUGCUUAGACGCUAUUUAUCGCGCUACUCCAUAUUCGCAAAGACCAAGUCGUGACGAGCUUGAUUUGGAAUGGCGUACGGGUACUGCCGGUAGAUUAAUUCUCUAUGAUGAAGAUUCAACUACAAAAUGCGAGGGCGAAUGGCGUAAGCUUAACACUCUUAAUCAUUAUCGCGUACCAGAUGGUGCAUGUCUUAGUUUAGUCGCAAAACAAAGUUCCGUCUACAAUCUAUCUAAUAUGGAGAAGAAUGAUAAGUCGCACACGUAUGAAACUCUAAAUCGUGGUAAAUACGGUUCAGCCAGUCCGCCGGCUAGUCCGCUCAAAUAUGAACACGGAGGCGGUUUUAAAUACUGGCAUCUAGUUAGGCAUCAUGACGGUGAUGCUCAUAAAGAAGGCGAACGUGGUAAUAAAAUGGUCUCAGAAAUAUAUCUUACACGGCUUUUGGCCACAAAAGGUACACUGCAAAAGUUUGUUGAUGAUUUAUUUGAGACUAUUUUCAGUACAGCGCACCGCGGCUCCGCGUUACCUCUUGCUAUAAAGUACAUGUUCGAUUUUCUUGACGAUCAAGCUCUUCAACAUGCGAUCUCCGACCCUGAAGUGGUGCAUACUUGGAAGAGUAAUUCCCUUCCGCUGCGCUUCUGGGUGAAUCUUAUUAAAAAUCCUAACUUUGUAUUCGAUGUGCAUAAGUCUAAUACAGUAGAUUCUUGCUUAUCAGUUAUUGCGCAAACAUUCAUGGACUCGUGUUCGACAUCCGACCACAUCCUAGGCAAAGAUUCGCCUUCAUCCAAACUUCUGUACGCGAAAGAUAUACCAGUUUACAAAGAGUGGGUGGAACGUUAUUACGCGGACAUAAAGUUGAUGCCGGCAAUAUCUGACCAGGACAUGAACGCUAUGUUAGCGGAGGAGUCGCGCCUCCACACGAAGGAAUUUAAUACGAACUGCGCGCUUAACGAGCUGUAUGCGUAUGCGGUGAAAUACAACGAGCAGCUAAUGGUGACGCUCGAGGAGGACGAGUUCUCGCAGAAGCAGCGUCUCGCGUACCGUCUCGAACAGGUGCACAGCCUCAUGGCACACGACUAUAAUAUGUGAUCCGCUCGCCACGAGGCUCGUGAUGCCGACCCCACCGCCCUGUAUAUAAAGCCCCCGCACAUAUCUACGCAGGCAACAUUUGUAUAUAUUAGAUAGUGUACAGACUUUAAUAUUGUAAUUUUUGUAUAAUUUCAGCGGUCCGAUGUCGUUUUUUAAUUUUAUAUAAAUGAACUUUGUAUUAAUUUUACACGACGAACUCGGCCGGCCGCGGUCGUGCCACAGUAUGCAACGUAAAUUUAAAAAUGUGUAUGUCUGUCUAUGUGUGCUCGCGUCGUACGAGUUAAUGUUACGUCGAUCGGUGUAAAAUGUGUGUUGCAAUCGCAUUGUAAGCUCGCCGGCGAGCGAUCAGUUCUCUCGCCGACGGGUGAUUUUUAAAUUUGUACUCGCAGUCUACUUAAAAGUAACCGCCAAGUCGGUAAAUAAAUUCCAUUAUUAAAUAAUAAUCGUCGAAUUGUG